AUGUCACCGCCGUGGCGCCCCGUCGCCGAGGCGCGAGCGCUGUCCCAGAUCGUGAGCCCGCGGGUUCGCUUCCUGUGCGUCGACGCGACGCCGCGCCACGUCCUCCUCGGCGCGAACACCGGCACCGUGUACGUCUUCGCGAGACACGCGGACGACGUCGACGGCAAGCUGCGCUUCGUCACCGCGGUCGCGCCGGAUCCGGACAUCCCGUCGCUUCGAACGAACGCGGUGCGACGCGUCGCGCUGCAUCCGAACGGGUGGAUGUGCGCGUGCGCGUACGAGGACGGCAUGACGCGCGUGUGGGCGAUCCCGGACGUGAACGCGGCGUCGACGCCCAGGAGAAGCGAACGCGGCGGGGUCGUCGCGAGCGUCGAACCCGGGACCCCGGGGAUGGAAACCUCCGAAGACGACGAAGUCACGACGCUGGCGUGGUCCCCGGACGGGUCCACGCUCGUCGUCGGGGACAGGAGCGGGAGGGUGCGAUGCACCGGAGGAGGUUAG